AUGUUUAUCGCACUGAAAUUGAUGACUCUGAUGUCGAUCAGCUUCCCGACGACUAUUGCCAAUUAUGGAAUUCCUAUUGUCAAGGUUUGUACUGGUUUUUUGUGAAAUUUCUGGAAGAUUACGGUAGGUUCCAGAAACGCCAACUUUGAAGGGAUACUGUAGCGUCUCGAGAUGUGCUAUUGGUCUCAAAUUUUUUUUGUGAAAACUUGGGACCUAGUACGUUACUUUUGUAGUUGAUCGCUUGUUUGUGAAAUCACUUCCUGGAGUACUGUAGCUCGUGGAAGUUGGGACUGAAAACACUGGCUGCGGCUACUCUCAAGAGCUACAGUACUCUUCGGAGUAGGUUUAGAGAAAAAUUGUCAACUGCAAAACAAAAGAUCAACUUUUGAACUUCAUUUUUGUAGUUGACACUUUUUUAGUAGAAUCACUCCCUGAAGUACUGUGGCUCUCGGAAGUUAGGGCUCGCUCAUAGCCAGCGUUUUCAUUGCCAACUUCCAAGCGCUACAGUACUCCAGGGAGUGGUCGUAGAAAAACGUGGUCAACUACAAAAAUACAGUACUAGGUCCCAAGUUUUCAGAAAAAAAGCGUCUAGAAUCAUUAGACGUCUUCUAACGCUACAGUACCCCGGCAAAGUUGACCUCUCGUUUUUCUAUCAAAACCUUCGUCUUUUUUUGGCUCUUUCCGUAUUCAACUCAAUUCUUUUUGCAGUGGCUCUACACUGCCACGUAUUUGACCAUGGAAAUCAGUCGAAUGAUGCUCAACGUCUUGAUCAUCUGGUUUUGGCAGAUCGCGUCAGAAGUCGCGUUGAUUGACGCUUUCGCUCUCGUCGUGGCUAUUGUAAUUUCCACAAAAGUUCUCCUGGACAUUUUUUCCUAUGGUAAAAAGUUGCUUCAGCGUGUUUAAAGGAUAAUAUCGCAUUUCAGAAAUUGUAAUAACCUGGAACAAUCCGGUCGUCGAGUACGAGCAACAAGUGGAUUUGGCCUAA